AUGUCGCUCCUUCGUGCAUCUGGCCUUCAGUGCCACGUCCGAAUAUCACAGGUUUCACAAUUUGUCCAGAGAGGCCGUCUCGCCUCACUGGCAAAGCGUUAUUAUAGCGACAAUGCAGAUUCUUCGAGCUGGGGUCUGGAAAAAGCCCUCUGUAGUCCCACGCUUCCACUCCUACAUAAAGGUGUACAUGCUUUUGUCAUGGGAAGGCCUGGUCUGUUUAAAAUUUCCGAUGAGGUCUUAGAGGCUAUGAAAGAUCGUAAACCAAUUGUUGGACUGGAGACCGCUAUAUACACUCAUGGGUUCCCUAAGCCGAACAACUACGAUCUCGCUUUAGAAAUGGAAGCCACCGUUAAAGACCACGGGGCCACGCCAGCGACAAUUGGGAUCCUGAACGGCAGAAUCAUGAUCGGGAUGACGCCUGAACAACUCAGGGAACUAGCAGAGUCAGCGGGUUCGGAGAACACCCAUAAGAUCUCUCGCAGAGAUCUUGCCUAUCAUAUCGCCGCGUCAGGCCCACUGCUCAAUGGAGGUACAACUAUUGCUGGAACUAUACUUCUCUCAAAACUGGCUGGGAUUAGAGUGAUUGCUACUGGUGGUCUAGGUGGUGUACACAAAGGGGGGGAAAAUAGCCUGGAUAUCUCAGCUGACCUAACGGAACUGUCAAGAAACACCGUUGCGGUGGUGACUUCCGGGAUGAAAAGCUUCCUCGAUAUACCACGGACACUAGAAUUCUUAGAGACCCAAGGCGUGUUCGUCUCCACUUUUGGAAAGAAGACGGAAAGGGUCGACAUUCCCGGCUUUUUUAGUCGCGAGUCUGGAUACAUUUCUCCCUAUACUAUCGAAAGCCCAGAGGAAGCUGCGCGUGUCCUCCUCGCAAAUGACCGGAUAGGUCUACAUUCUGGAAACCUUUUCUUCAAUCCAAUCCCAAAAGAAUACGAGAUUCCAAAAAGUGAAAUGGAACCAAUCAUUGCCGCCGCAGUCGAAGACUCAAGUUCAGUAACCGGCAAGGAUAACACACCAGCAGUCCUCGCUGAGAUCGUCAAACGAACCGAAGGACGUUCUAUUGAAGCCAAUAGGCGACUGGUUUUGGAUAAUGCCAAAAUUGGAGCCCAAAUGGCAGUCGAAUUCUCAAGGCUUUUGAAAGAAUUCAAAGCUCGACAAAAAGAGUACCAGUCUACCCAGACCAAAGGAAAGAAGAAUCCCAAUUCGGAAACAAAGAGCUCCUCUAAUCAAAACCCACAAUCUCCAGCCCGAGAAAAUGCCGGACCCGAUUCUGAUUCUAUUAUUGAAGAAACGAACGGAGCUUUUGGAACAGGAGCUAUGGAGGACACUCUCCCUGCCGAGGAACGAAAUUUAUCUAACACGAUUCUUGUCGUUGGAGGUGUGGGCAUCGAUGUAGUGGGAAAGAGUACUGCUCAAGAGCUUCAGGCGCGUGCUUCAAACCCCGGAGUAGUCACAUAUUCUGUGGGAGGUGUAGCAAAGAACAUUGCAGCCACUCUCCGACAACUUGAUCCUCCCGCACCCGUCAGGUUUCUUUCUGCUAUUGGCAAAGAUAUGAAUGGCAUUUCAGUGCUUCAAGAACUUCAGAGACUGGGGAUUAGUACCAAGGAUGUUACAGUAAAAAAAGAUUCCAGAACGGCAUGUUAUGCAGCUAUCAAUAGCGAUGAGGUCGAAGGAGGCCUUUCCGCGGCUAUAGCAGAUAUGGAUGUUAUAAAAAGCAUCCAAGGUAAGGAUAUUGCCGCGGCCAUUGAGAGGUACAAGCCAAAAAUCGUCUGCUUCGAUGGAAAUCUAGAUACGGCCGCAAUGAAAGAGCUGUGCAUUGCCGCUAAAGAGCAGGGAGCAUUAGUCGUCUGUGAACCUACUUCAGCACCAAAAUCGAAACAGAUUGCGAAUAUGCUUGCGGACCUCGGACUUGAACUGGAGCAUCCCAUUGACAUUAUCUCCCCAAACCUUGACGAACUUGAUGGAAUCUUAGAGGUAGUAAACUCGAAACUACCGACUAGCAAGGAGAAUUCCGAAAGAACAAAACUCCAGGUGCAAGAGAGCUUUCAAAGGAAUCAAACCAUUCUCAAAUCCCUAAAAAAUAUAAUUCCCCGCGCGAAUGAUCUUAUUCAAUCUGCUCGAUCGAAAUUAGCCUUGGAUAUAGACGCUCAAGCUGGAGGGUCGAACUCUGCUCAGUUUAAUGCCCCAAGCGAAAUUCAGCUCGCAAAAUGCAUUACCAAAUCCAUCGAACUCCUUCACUUGACCCCCACGGUCAUAACAAAACUCGGCGGGAAAGGUGUGGUGAUUGUACGAACUGUACAGCACCCUAACCCAGCCGAGGCUUCUAUUAGAUCCUGUUAUUCGCUCCAGCAAGAAAUACAGGUUCGUCCCAAAGGGAAUGUUGUUUUGGAUUUCUUCCUUCCGAUAGAACCUUAUAAUCCUGUAGACAGGAUUAUAGGAAUUCACGUCUUUUGGGCACAUGCCAUGAACGUUCUGGAGCCUCAUGCGGUGGUUAGCUCCAAUGGAGCCGGCGAUACUUUCCUAGGUGCCUUUCUACAUAGCUUAUUGAAUAAGGAGGCCCAAGCCCCAGGGGACAUCAUCGCCAGUCCAUGGACGUAUUUGCAGGAUGAACAAGUCGCGAUGUUAGCACACAAGGCGCAGUUAGCUGCUAUCCAAACACUGAAGAGUCAUGAGAGUCAUCCAGUAAGGAACAAAAAUGCACAGGAGUCCCAAAAGAGGCGACAGGAAGAGAAAAUAUGGGCUAAAAUAAAAGGUAAUUUUUGGGCGUCUAAUGAGAUGGUUGACGGCCUCGAUAGGCUCGGUGGGAAGGCAGGCUCCUCAUAA